AACACAAAAUCCUCUCCUGCCCAUUCUCACAUUUCUCUCCCUACAAAUUAAGCUUCCUCUCUUUAUUUCUAUCCAUCAGCAUCAUGCCGGGUGCUUCUUCUACUUCCACUUUCUUCUUUCUUUUUCUUCCCUCCCUCCUCUUUCUCUCCCACUUUCCCAGCAUGGUUUACGGGGACUGCUGGCUGAUUGAAGGGGACAAGGGCUAUGUGUGGCUGGCUAUCUGCAGUCAGAACCAGCCGCCUUACGAGACCAUCCCCCAGCACAUUAACAACACGGUCCAUGACUUGAGGUUGAAUGAGAAUAAGCUGAAAGCUGUGCUCUUCAGCUCCAUGUAUCGCUUCACCAACCUGACUGACCUCAACCUCACCAAGAAUGAAAUCAGCUACAUCGAGGAUGGAGCUUUUGCAGGACAAGCCAACCUACAGGUUCUCCAGCUGGGCUACAACAAGCUGACCAACCUGACUGAGGGCAUGAUGAGAGGGCUUGGACGAAUGCAGUGUCUCUUCCUCCAGCACAACCUUAUCGAGGUUAUUGCCAGCAAUGCAUUCUGGGAGUGCCCCAGCCUCAGCAGCAUUGACCUGUCAUCCAACAAACUCGCCCGUAUCGACCCGAAUACGUUCACGAUUGUCAGUCGGCUGAUGGUUUGUGAGCUGGCGGCGAAUCCGUUCCACUGUGGCUGUGACCUGUACAGCUUCCUGGUCUGGCUGGAGUCCUUCAACAACAUCACGCACACCUACGACCGCCUUCAGUGUGAGACGCCUCGGGAGAUGUUCGGCUACCCUUUACUCACCGCUUCUGGUCAUUCUGGGCGAAAUGCUAAAAAUAUUUUGUUCCACCAUUGCCGGGAUGGAGUCAUGAUUCCAGGGAUGACUUCUCUCCCACCGGAUCUGGACGGCCCCUCUGGGAUUGGGCCUGAGAUGUUUGGUGGUGUGGGGCCGUAUCACCAGGCCACCACCUCUUCUUCAUCUACAGAGAACAGCUACAUCCCCAGCAUCAAGCUCCAUCAAGUCUCUUUAUCUUCAGCCUCCCUUCUUGUGCAGAUCCCGAGGCCCUACAGCAAAAUGUAUAUCCUCACACAGUACAACUACACAUUCGUGUCUGACGUCAUGAACCUGAAGAACAAGAAGGAGAUGAUCACCCUCAACAAGCUUAAACCUCACACCAACUACACCUUCUGUGUCGCAUCAAUCCGUAACUCUCAGCGCUACAACCACACCUGCAUCACGUUCUCUACUCGGGCCUCAAACCAGGAUGACACUCUACCCACACCCUCCACCACCACUCACUACAUAAUGACCAUUGUGGGCUGCCUUUUUGGCAUGCUUAUUGUUCUAGGCUUUGUUUAUUAUUGUUUACGUAAGAAACGAAUGCAUGAUGAAAAGAAGAAGUCUAUCUGUGUCAAGAAAACUAUUCUGGAAAUGCGUUAUGGACCGGAGGUGGCGGCAGCCGUUGCAAAUGAUCCAGCGGCAGUCCACAAGCUUCAGGAGCAGUCAAGAGAGCACCAUCAGUAUCAGCACCACCACGGAGGAAAACUCCCCAUGUCAACAUCCACAAGCUCUGGGAUGCUUCACUCUGCCAACACCAGCUCCUCCAGACUUUCCACUAUCCCACAGGUGGAAAAGAUGGCCACCGCCUUCUCAGAGGCCAUGGCCACGACUAAAGGAAAUUAUAUGGAUAUCAGAACUGGAGGGGCAGGGAUGGAGAGGAUAGGAGACGGCGGGCAUUUAGGGAUGAGGGGCUUGGAUUUAAGGGACGAUAAUGGAAGUGAUGAUAUAGGGGAUGACUCGGAUGAUGAUGGACAUGGCUCUGCAUCGGAGAUUUCAACCAUCGCCAUGGAGGUGGACAAGGUUAACCAGAUCAUUAACAAUUGCAUAGAUGCACUGAAAUUGGAUGCUGCAGUGGCAGCUUCAGGGGCUUCUACUAACCCAAUAGCUUCAUCCAAUCCCACCUCCCCUCCCCCUACCAGCACCUCCUCCCUUACCCGUGGCCUAAUCCCAAUGUCCCAAGGGUUGACUGAAACAAGCCAGGUGAUUACUCCCAACAAAAUACCCCCUCCUCCUCCACUCCCUGCCCUGAACACCCCUCUCUCUGAACGCCCAGGGAUCACUGGUGGUGGCUACGUAGUCACUCCCCCCUACCGCCCCCCUCCACCUGCCAAUGCUGUGCGUCCUAUUCAGAGGCAAAUGAGUGCAGAUGCUGCUGUGGUUAUUGUAAACGCUGUAAAAAAACAAUGCAGCACCACCUCUUGUGGCUCCAUGGGUAGGGACAGAGAUCGUGGAGAAGCGAGGGUAUACAGCCUGGAUGUUCCUGAGCCACGGAGCCCUGAUGCAUGUAAUCAGCAACAGCAGCAGUACCCAGACCGUGCCAGUCCCGUGGGCUGUGGGGAGCCCCUCGAGAGGCUGCCUUUGGUAGGGAGUGGGAGCUGUGGCGGAGGGGGUGGUGGUGGGUGCGACAGUGGUGGUGUUGGUGCCCUACAUCAGGACAACCAGAAGCCUCAUCAUUACCAUCAACAACAACAAAUGCAACAGCAAGACGUGCAGCAGGACUACCACUGCUCGGAGCACCGCCACUCCGUCCCAGCUCUCUACUACGAAGGCUCCCACCAAGGCUCCCCAGCCCAGAGGGUGUCCUUCCUUAAACCACUGUCGCGCUCCCGCAGGGAUGCAGCAUCGUACUCCCAGCUCUCACCUGCCCGCCACCAUUCCAGUUACUCUGGCUACUCCUCCAGCCCGGAGUACUCCUCAGAGAGCACUCUGCGGAUCUGGGAGCGAUUUCGUCCCUACCGGAAAGGCCAGCGGGACGAGUCCUGUUAUGUGACGGCCGGAAAUGCCCUUAGAAAAAAGGUGCAGUUUGCUAAAGGCGAGGACCUGCAUGACAUCCUUGAUUACUGGAAGGGUGUGUCGGCACAGCAGAAGCUGUGA